UAAUGUCUUCUUUCGUUGCGUCUCUUCUCUGUCUGUUUAUAUCCUAAAUAGUCUAAAGUGUCAAUUAUUAUUAGGAGAUGAGAAGAGUUGAACAGACUCUUGGACCCCAACACUUGUAAAAGGGCAGGUGCAUAAUUUCAAUCGGGAUUUGGUGAAUCAUCCGAGAAUAAACAGGAUAGGUGUGGUGGGAAUAGUUGUGUGGAGCAAUUUGGGGUUGGAUUGGUGCAGAUUGUGGAGAAGAUGAUGUUUGACGAGAUGGGGUUUUGUGGUGAUUUUGAUUUGUUUUCGGGUCCAAUGAAGGAGUGUGGUGUUGAUAGUGAGCAGCCGGUGGUGGAUGAUGAUUAUAGUGAUGAGGAGGAGGAUAUUGAUGUGGAUGAAUUGGAGAGGAGGAUAUGGAGGGACAAGAUGAAGCUAAAGAGAGUGAAAGAGAAUCGGAAGUCGAAGGAGGGAGGUGUUGAUGGAGGGAAACAACGGCAGUCGGUAGAACAGGCGAGGAGGAAGAAGAUGUCCCGAGCCCAGGAUGGGAUCUUAAAGUACAUGUUGAAAAUGAUGGAAGUGUGUAAAGCUGAGGGUUUCGUUUACGGGAUCAUCCCGGAGAAAGGCAAGCCAGUGAGCGGGGCGUCUGACAAUCUGAGGGAGUGGUGGAAGGAUAAAGUGAGGUUCGAUCGAAAUGGUCCAGCCGCGAUAGCUAAGUACGAGGUGGAGAAUGCAAUCCCGGGGGCAAUCCCGGAGGGGGGCAGUGGUAAUCAAGUUGGUCCUCCUCAUAGUUUGCAGGAGCUUCAAGACACCACCCUCGGUUCACUCUUGUCAGCUCUGAUGCAGCAUUGUGACCCCCCUCAGAGACGGUUCCCGUUGGAGAAAGGCGUUCCACCGCCAUGGUGGCCCACGGGAAACGAGGACUGGUGGUCACACAAGGACGUAGCCCCCCCGCCUUAUAAGAAGCCUCACGAUCUCAAAAAGGCGUGGAAGGUUGGUGUCCUCACUGCAGUCAUCAAGCACAUGUUCCCCGAUAUUGCCAAGAUUCGCAAACUCGUGAGGCAGUCCAAGUGCUUGCAAGACAAGAUGACCGCCAAGGAAAGUGCAACUUGGCUCGCCAUCAUUAACCAAGAGGAAGCUCUGGCUCGGGAGCUUUACCCCGAUCGCCCUUUUUCCUCGGCUAGUGGGAGUGGCAUAUUCACCGUGCCCGAUAGCACCGAGUAUGAUGUCGAUGUCGACCACGACGAGGCUUGCUUUGAUGUUCAAGAACAAAAACCCAAACAUCUCAAUUUCUUCCAUAUGGGUGGUGUUGAGAGGUUCCAAGACACAAUGGCAGUGCCACAACAUAACCACGAAAUCAUUUCCAACUUCGAUUUCACAAGGAAGAGGAAGCCAGACAACGAGCCCCCCCGCCCCUAUACUUGCGAGUUUCCUCGAUGUCCUCACAGCGAGCUGGGCCUCGGUUUUCAGGACAGAACAUCCCGAGACAACCAUCACUUAACUUGCCCUCAUAGGACGACGAAUUCCCCUCCUCGAUUCGGAGUUUCUAAUUUCCACAUCAACCAACCUUUUGUGCAACAACCCAAUCUUACUUCCUUUGAUCUAUCCGGUCUCGGGGGAGUCCCAGAAGACGGGCAAAGGAUGAUCAGUGAUCUUAUGACAUUCUACGAGACCAACUUACACCGCAACAAAAACAUUCAGUGUCAAAACCACAGUAUAAUGGAGGCCAACAUCUUCGAGGAUAGUAACAUUCCCAUGACCCGUUGUUCCUCCGUGUUUGAUCAGUGCAAUGUCAACUCUUUCCCCUUCACGUUCGGGUCUCCAUUCAACCUACAAAACAUCGACUACGCUGAGGGCGCUGCACAGGAUUCCAUGCCAAAGAAAGAUGUCUGGUACUAGCAAUAACACUCGAGAGUUUUCGCUUCUUUUGCUCUAUUAUGGAUCAAGCAAUUGCACAUAUUGGAUCAAUUUGUCUGCAUUAUUAUAGCAUUUCCUUUACCAUAAAGUUGUAGAAGUGAAGGGCUAUAUGACUGGUGUUGUAUCAAACCAGUUAUUUAUUAUGCUUUUGUAGUCAUCAAUUCAUCAUCUCCAAAGAUAUUGCCACGCUCAUCAAAGAACUUGUAGAUGUUUCAUAAAUAAACUGCGUUUACUUCAA